AGGGGUAGCCGAGUUCUGACCAAAGGCUUGUGCCCUAGAGUAUCAAAGAGAACAAACAAUCUGCGACCAGACUAGCACAACAGUCACCGGGGAGUACUUAUCAAGAUAUUCGACGAUGCGAAGAGAAUGGUCUCUAGCCCCAUCAUCCGAUGUACAUAAUUACAUGACUGAUCAGAAAAUAUUUCCAGAAUUUUCAGAGGCACCUGGAAUGUAUCGAAUCACACGAGGAGUUGGGUCAAAUGGACGUUUGCUCAAGAGAAACGCGAUGGCAAAAUUGUUUAAACUCCGGGACCCCCUUCGCUUUGUUGGAGACGGUGCUUCAGCCCAACAAACGGACAAGGAGUCCAGUUCGAGUGCUCCAAUGACACCGACAGAGCGCAGAGCAAGUGCCGGCGAAACCUAUCCAACACACGGCUAUCUGGAUCCGAACCUAGAGAAGAUCCUGACAUUGAGGCUCAUUAAUUCGGACGCUUGAAGAAUGUAAAGGCGAAUACCCCCUAUGAAGGUGGACCCGACGGAACUGUCGAAGUGCACAAGGGGGCUCAUGCAACCAUCUGCAAAGCAGUUAGUGUAGGAAACGAAGUUGCCGUCAAAAAAUGAUAGACGCAUCAACAGAGAGAGCAAAACCUUAAUCGCCCCAAU